AUGACGUGCAAUGUUUUGAACCGUGCGGGCUAGCAAGUAGCGCGGAUACCGCUGCACACUGACCGACAGCCCCUAACGCAGCCGGGGGAGCAGAGAGCUUCAUGUCCCCGUAAUAGUUGUCACAGUAAGUUGAACUCCAUUAAAAGUCGCUCUGACUUAAACCCAAGAGGUUCUCCACGCAGCGCUAGCUCGAGCUCGUGCGCUAACAACCCACCGCUACUUCUCCGAGAAAGAUACGAAGCAGGACGCAAUGGACCUCCACAAAAUCAUCCACAGCGCGCUGCAUGAAUUUAUUCAGGCUUACAUUCCGGAUGCUGAUCUCAGCACACUGGACGAUGUUCUCCUGUCGUACAUCACCGGAGUCCUAGAGGACCUCGGCUCCCAGAUGAGUGUUGAGGAGAACUUUGGCGUCGAGGACUUUGUCGAGAUGUUGGAAGCUUACAUACCUGGCUUUGCCGAAGUUGACAGUGUCAAGGUCUGUGAAAUGAUGUUCAAUCUGGCUUCAAAACUAGCCAGUGCUCGGACCUCAGAACAAUUAAAACUGAAGGCUAGGAGGGAAGAGAAUUCACUGAAACUCACCAUCCUGCCCACUGAGCCGCCUCCAGAAGAAACGCAGUGCCUUAAACCACAGGCAGAGGGCGCCACUGCCAAGCUACCUGUGCCUGAGUGGGAGUCCCAGGAGCAGCACCUGCUAGAGAUGUUUCCCAAGUGCAGUCUGUCCGAGGCUCGCAGCGCCCUGUCUAUUGCCAAAGGAGACAUGGAGGAGGCUGUGCGCCUUAUCUUAGAGGGUGAUGUCCAACUCAGCCCCACUCCUCAUAAUGUAAAUCAUGGGAAGAGUGAUUCCCCACAAGCAGACCAGAAACUUAAAGAGAGCAUCCUUGAGAAAUACAUGCUGGUGGAUCGGGAGGAUGAUAAGAAAACCCACCGGCCUCUCGCCCCCAAAGAUCCUCCGAAGAAGCUAGUUCGGUACCACGGUAACCAGGUGGUAACCACAAAAGGAGAGCGAUAUCAGCUGGUGAAGAAAGACGAAGCAGAGGACAUGAAGAAGACGUAUGUCAGCCUCAAGCCUUCACGAAAGUAUCGAUUCCAUUGAUGACGAGCACACAAGUGUAAGAGCAACUCCUGACAAUAUUGGUUACACUUUUUUAAAUGUAAGUUUAUUUGGCCUACAGUUUUUUUUUAAUGUUUUUCUGAGUAAAGAACAUAUGUACUAGUGUAUCGGUGGCUUAUUUCUAAAUUAUGUUACUAUUUUACGCCUUGGUUAAAACAUUAAAUUAUUGUUUCAGUUACUUGAGGAGCUUUUGACAUUUUGAUGAGGUUGUUGUAACUUGUCUUCUCGUUUGUGUAGUAACAGCUUUACCGAUAUACUUUUUGCCAUCUCAGCAGGUCUGAUGUUAAACUAACAUUAUUGUCAUUUUUAAUCCAUUUUGUUGUUUAAUAUUUAUUCUAACUUCCAAUAGACACUAUAGAGUCAUGACAUGAAGUUGUAGAGAUUAAUCUAUUGUCUUUCUGUAAAUAUGUCAUUGUGGUGCUGUAGAGUUCCUUCUGGACAUUACGAGUCUCGACUGCUUUUUCUAUGUACAUAUGAAGUUUUUGAAGCCAAAUUAUUUUUUACAUCAUACAGGAUUACAGCGCUGUGGAAAUGUGUGGUCAAGCCUUGUGAUUUGGAAAGUUUGUUGUGCUAUAAAAUGGUUUUCAAAUGAACUCAUUUCUGAAAUAUGUAGAUUUUCUUUAUCAAAUAUUUGUUCAGCGAGUAGCUCCAGAGAGUUGGAUGUGGUCUAAGUGAUGGUGCUCAUGCCCCACUACAGUAUUGUUUACUUACAAUGACUCGACUGCCGUGUGUACAGGACUGAAUGACGAUGAAAAAGUAUGUUCUGCAGGUUAGCGUAGUUAUCUGGACAAGGGAAAUGUUUUUGUUUCUCUCAAUCUGUUCCAGAUUUGAGCAAAAUGUUCCUGAUCACUUUUGAUAGUGAAGGAGGUUCUAGAUUAGCACGACCUUGAACUCUCCUCAUAACAAGUUAAUAUGCUGCGAGCAAUUCAGUCCACUAGAGGAAGGCAAUAUUCCUGAUUGGUGGUCAUCCUCUCCCAUCACAAAUAAAGGAAAUGUAUGUGAUAACAUGCAAAGUUGUACACUAUAGAACAUGUUUUCUUGAAUUAUCAAAAUGAAAAUUUUGGCUCAAAGCCACCCACAAGUGAGAUGUGUGAGCUUGUGGCUGUUACCUGGGAUAUCUUGUCAGUGACACAACUAAACUCUUUUUAACCAUCAUUACAUUCAUUGAAAAUACAUUUUCCAGCACAACAAAUUAAAUUCUCAAAAGAACCUACUAUUACAGCUCCCAUUGUUUUAGCAUAAUACAGGGGAUGACUUGUGGUUGCCCCCUAAAUGUUUAGCAAAAUGCUGCGGGAGGACCUGACUUUCAAGUUCAUUCCAACAGCAUUACUUUAUUUUUGAUAUAGAUGUUUAGAUUUUCAAAGUCCGAUCAUGUAUUUAUUAUGAAGUGUGUGUGCGCGCGCGCUUAUAGGGUCCGUUUGUACAAAUGUGUUUACUAAGUGGUUCGUUCACCACAUUCAUGUUUUUAAUUUAGCUUCGCUUGUAAUUGUUGUCUGGAUUUUUACAAACUAUAAUUGGAUUAUUUGAUUCUUGUUUAUUGUAUAUUCUGAUAAAUGGGUUGGUCAGGUUUUUUCUUUUCCAAGAAAUAUUGACUGUUUAUUUGUGUUUCUUUGCAUCCAUUUUUAGAGACAACAAUCAAUUGUUUUUGAUUGGUGGUAAUCUAGUUGUGUUUGGAGUGUAGGUGUAACACAAUCAACUAUUGAAAAGAUGUUACUAAUUAUCAGCAGCAAUGUUGUCUUUAAUUACUAGAUGAAGCUGUUUAUUGUUGUGCUUUGACAAACCACUGACGCACAAUUUGUAGUCAAUAAAUAUCAAUUUUUGUAGAUCACU